AUUUGGCAGAUCCAACACAAUGCCCUCCUUUAUUCUCUAGCCUUACCUCGUUCUUUCUCCCACAGUUUAGUUCAAUAAGUUGUAAGUGCCUGAAAUCAUUCUCGGUGAAUAAUGCUGGACCACUCUGAAAAUUUGUGGCUGAGAGGGGGACCCUCGUCAUCAGCACGCACUUUGUCACUGAGACAGAGUAACCCAUGGUUACUGAGCUCAGAUCAGUUAAGGGGCAGAGAGCCUCCCCUCCUCACUGCUCUAUAAAAGAGACCCAGCAAAGGGACCCUACCAGCUUCUAGCUCUCAGCCUGGGCGAAGGUGUGGGAAGCAAAGCCUGAGACCUUCAGGGAGGAGCAUACCAGCUGCAGAAGCCAGGCCAGCAUGUCUCCUUCUUUCAAACUUCAGUGUCACUUCAUUCUGAUCUUCCUGAUGGCUCUAAGAGGGGAGAACCGGUACCUAGAGCUGCGGGAAGCGGCGGACCACGACCCUUUCCUGCUCUUCGGCGCCAGCCUGAAGCGGGAGCUGGCGGGGGCGCCUCUGUACCGCCGCGCUCUGCGGUGCCUGGACAUGCUGAGCCUCCCGGGCCAGUUCACCUUCACCGCCGACCGGCCGCAGCUGCACUGCGCCGCCUUCCUCAUCGCCGAGCCCGAAGAGUUCAUCACCAUCCGCUACGACCUGGUCUCCAUCGACUGUCAGGGCGGCGACUUCCUGAAGGUAUUUGAUGGUUGGAUUCUUAAGGGGGAGAAGUUCCCCAGUUCCCAGGAUCAUCCUCUCCCCACAACUGAGCGAUACAUAGAUUUCUGUGACAGUGGUCUUAGCCGAAGGAGCAUCAGAUCUUCCCAGAAUGUGGCCAUGAUCUUCUUCCGGGUUCAUGAACCAGGAAAUGGAUUCACCUUCACCAUAAAGACAGAUCCCAACCUCUUUCCCUGCAAUGUGAUUUCCCAGACCCCCAGUGGAAGGUUUACUCUGGUUGUCCCGCAUCUGCGGCAAAACUGCAGCUUCUCCAUAAUUUAUCCUGUGGCGAUCAAAAUAUCAGAUCUCACCCUGGGACACUUAAAUGGAAUGCAGUUCAAGAACCCCUCAGCAGGUUGUGGGGGAAUAGGAGACUUUGUGGAGCUGCUGGGAGGACCUGGGCUGGACCCUUCCAAGAUGAUGCCUUUGGCUGACCUCUGCUAUUCCUUUCAUGGCCCUGCCCAAAUGAAAAUUGGCUGUGACAACACGGUGGUGCGCAUGGUGUCCAGCGGAAAGCACAUAAAUCGUGUGACUUUUGAGUACCGCCAGCUGGAACCAUAUGAACUGGAAAACCCAAGUGGAAACAGUAUCCAAGAAAUCUGUUUGUCUAGUCCUUGAGUAACCAACCCCAGUGAUUUACAUGCUGCUAGCUAAGUGAGUUUUUAAUAGCUAUUAUAUAUGAUUUUGAUGACCAGCUAGUUAAAAGCCUUUCAUACUCAGUAUUCCCAGGCUUCAGCACACAUUAGACACAUACCCAAAACACACACAGAGACAC